AUGCCGCCUGUUUCGUUACGAUGUGCUCCCGCUGCCGCUGUGGUCGUCGUCCUAUGUGUCCUCCUGUCGCCUAGCAUGCCCGGGCUUCCCGCUGCUACCCCCGCCAUGGCGCAAAUCAUCGCCGCCUCGCAAUGUAACGUGCCUCUUGCGCCCCGCCGCUCUUUCCCGCCAAUUCCCCGCGCGUCUGUCCCUACCGAUGGCCGCUGCAUUGUCCCUCGCGUCGUCGUUCUUAAUUGUUUCCUUUCUUCCCGCUCCUCACCCUUCGCGGGCCCCUCUCUCGCUCCGCCACGUGUCUUGCUUUCCCCGCGUGGACCCCCUCCCCGCAACCCCCCGCUCCCGCCCCCGCCGGUCUUCCCCCCGCCGUCCCUCACCCCAACUUCUCCCCUAUUCCCCCCGUCGUGCGCGCGCGCUUCCCACUGCGUUCUCCCGCGCGUCCCCGCAGCGGCGGUGUUGGCGGAGUGUGUGACGGCGUGGGGCGCGGAGAGCCUGCCGGCAUGGCGCGCGGGGAGCAACUGCAGGGCGGGCGCGCAGUGGCUGCAAUGCGACGACGCGGGCAUGCUCACCGCCAUCAAGCUGGGGUGGCUGGGGCCGGGCAAGAAGCUGGCGGGGUCCAUUCCCACCGCACUGGGCCUGCUCACCAAGCUCACCUUCCUCCGUGUGUCUCUUUGGGAUCUAAGCUACAACCAGCUGGUGGGCUCCAUUCCCUCUACCAUCUCCAACCUUGCCAACCUGCGUAUUCUGUCGCUGAGUGGCAACAAGUUGGUGGGGUCUAUUCCACCAGGCAUAGGUGCCCUCACGGCGCUCACAGAGCUCACGCUGCACAACAAUGAGCUGCAGGGGCGCGUACCGCCCGCCAUCACCAACCUCUCCAGCCUUGCCACGCUAAACAUGAGGGAUAACGGGCUGACGGGAGCCAUUCCCAGCUCCAUCUGGACCCUUGCCCACCUUCAGGACCUGUGCGCGCUCUCUCCUUCCCUCCCUCUUCCCCCGUCCAUAGCAUCCCUAUUUCCGCCUUGCUCUGCUUGCUCGGCGCAGCUGGAGGGCAACCGCCUCUCAGGCACCCUGCCGGCAUCCCUGGGGGCCAUGCCAGCUCUGGCAGAGAUCUCACUGCAGGAAAACGAGCUGUCUGGCUCUAUACCUACUGUCCUCGCCCCUCUCACUGCUCUCACCCACCUGUCAGUCACGCACCACACAAACCCACGCCCUUCUCUCUUCCUGUCCUUCCCUCUGCUUCUCCUUCCCUCUGCUUCUCCUUCCCUCUGCUUCUCCUUCCCUCUGCUUCUCCUUCCCUCUGCUUCUCCUUCCCUCUGCUUCUCCUUCCCUCUGCUUCUCCUUCCCUCUGCUUCUCCUUCCCUCUGCUUCUCCUUCCCUCUGCUUCUCCUUCCCUCUGCUUCUCCUUCCCUCUGCUUCUCCUUCCCUCUGCUUCUCCUUCCCUCUGCUUCUCCUUCCCUCUGCUUCUCCUUCCCUCUGCUUCUCCUUCCCUCUGCUUCUCCUUCCCUCUGCUUCUCCUUCCCUCUGCUUCUCCUUCCCUCUGCUUCUCCUUCCCUCUGCUUCUCCUUCCCUCUGCUUCUCCUUCCCUCUGCUUCUCCUGCCCUCUGCUUCUCCUUCCCUCUGCUUCUCCUUCCCUCUGCUUCCCCUUCCCUCUGCUUCUCCUUCCCUCUGCUUCUCCUUCCCUCUGCUCAUCCUUCUCGUCGGCUUUCACAGAAGCCAUUCAUCACAGGCCCUCUACCAAUCGACAUCACCACCCUCUCUGCCCUCGCUCACUUGUACUGCCUCCCCCUCACUCUCCCCCCUUCCGACUCCCUUCGUCCCUUCAUCUUCCUCCAUCUUCUUCCCCCGACAUCUCCGUCUACUCGCUUAAUGACCCUUCCCCCUCCCUUUCCACUGCUGCCAGUCCGCCCACUCCUUCAAGCUCCUCUGCUCUGCUUCUCUGUUGCUUACACCUCCUCAUCUUGCUGUUCCUCCGCCCUGGCCUCCAAUCCGUCUCUUCUCAGCGUGCCUACCCUCUCUGCUCUCGCCUUUUCAAGGCAGCUGAAAAGGGGUUCUCCCAAAAUCUCUGCUCUACUCGUCCUCCUCCGUGCCCCCACCAGGCGUCUGAGCAACAACCUGCUAAGCGGCUCCAUCCCAGAGUCCAUCACUGCUCUCGCCAGCCUCGUCUACGUGUCAGUCCCAACUCAACCGCCCCCAACCGCUUCCCAUACCAACCCCCCCCCCACCCCAGCACUGGCAAGCUGUAAACCCCAUACAUCAUUCUGCCAACCCUGUCGUACAUCCAACUCCCCCUCCCAUGUCUUGAUUGUUGUCUUUCUCCACCCGUCCCUCUCCCCCCGCCCUGCCUUCUCCCCCCCACCUCCCCCUCACCUUCUCCCCACCUCCCCCUCACCUUCCCCCCACCUCCCCCUCACCUUUCCCCCCACCUCCUCCUCACAACCCCUCCCCCACCUCCCCCUGCCCCAGCAUGCUGGGCUACAACAUUCUGUCGGGCAGCAUUCCUGA